AUGGCAUCAGACCGCAUCAUCUCAGCUCUGGAACACUUGAUCGCCCACAUUGUUCCUACCGACCCGGAUGAAGACCCAGACGCUGCUCAGGAAAGGCACGACGCUUGCUUGGAAUAUGUCAAGUCCGUCAUAGACAAUCCCCCACGCCCCUCCAUUUCGUCCGACGUCAACCAUGCCUCGGACCUGAUCAAGCGAAGGCUCAUAAAGACCAAUCCCAGUCAGGCACUCAAGUUCUCCAACCUUUACUCCAGGCUGCUGUCACUUCCUGUGCUGGAGCACAAAUGGGCCAUUCUGUAUCUUCUCCAUCAGCUGGCUGACUCGCCUGACCCCAACGAACCUCUACCACUUACUCCCGUCAGGCCGUCGGCGCCCAAUUACCGCGAGGCCACCAGCAGGGACGCCAUCGGCAGGGACGCCAUCAAGAGGCAUGGCGGAGACGGCGGCAAAGCACCGACUCCGGUGCUGAGGAAUGAGGAGGAGCAGUUUGGAACCGCUUUCCAGCCAGAAGGGCUGAGGGCAGCCUCUGGUUCCCACCGAGAAAGCGGGGACAGAGGGCAGCAGCCUAGACGAGACGUUUCGCUGAAAUCGACUCUGCUUGCUAGUCACUAUGCCCAAGUCGAUCCUCCAGAGACAGACAUCCUCCGAGACCUCCCAUUCACGUUGCAGGGGCUGUCCUCUACCACGCUUCCGUUUCUAAAACCCGACACGUUGCAACUGCCGCCCACGCUCCCGCUUCCUCUUCUAUCCAUACUUCACACGUUAGCCGAGCCGGCCCUUCUUUAUCGCAGGCUGGACGAGUUUUGCAAAACCCCCGCAGAGGGGCUGCUGGGGCAGAGCCUGCGUUCCGCCAUUGGGAGCGAGCUGCGGUCCUAUCUCAGCCUGAUUGCGGCGCUGGAGGGCCAGAUUCGGCGAGCUCUUUCGUCGCUCGACGAGAGCGCGCCGCGCGGAGGCAUCGGAAAGGCAGGCGUCACGUUGAAGCGAUGCGUUGUGUGGACCCGGGAAGCCACGAUGGGCUUGCGGCUGAUGAGCCUGAUGGCCGAAGAAUCUCGGGACAAGACGGGCGGCAAGCUCAUUUCGCUCAUCCACAGUUUCUCCUCGUCGCACGGCGACCCCGUCGUCGCGGCCUUCGCAGAGCGCCUCCUCGGCAGCUUCACCAGGCCGUUUUACGACAUUCUGCGUCGUUGGAUAUACGACGGAGAGCUUUCCGACCCGUACAAGGAGUUUUUCGUCCGAGAGCAGGGACAGGGCGCGAAACGCGUCGACGCUUCCAAGUCGAAAGUCGUGGGCAACGUGUGGACGGACAAGUACGAGAUUGACGAGGUGAUUCCCAGCAUCGUCACGCAGGAUUUCGCGCAAAAGGUGUUCUUGAUCGGAAAGUCGCUCAACUUUAUCCGGCACAGCUGCGGGGACUCGCCAUGGGUCGAGAAGUACUCCAAGGCCGCGUCGAAGCAGCUCGGCUACGGGGACACGGCGACGCUCGAGGCCUGGAUAGACGAGGCGUACAAGACGACGAUGAAGCGGCUGAUGGAUCUCAUGUCGCGCAAGUUCCACCUGUUUGAGCACCUGAGAGCCCUCAAGGACUACAUCCUCCUCGGACAGGGCGACUUCAUCGCCCUGCUGAUGGAGUCUCUGGCGGCCAACCUGGACCGGCCGGCGGGCGCGCAGUACCGCCACACCCUGACGGCGCAGCUGGAGCACGCCAUCCGGGGGUCCAACGCGCAGUUCGACUCGCCCGAGGUGCUGCGCCGGCUGGACGCGAGGAUGCUGCAGCUGUCGCACGGCGACAUCGGGUGGGACUGCUUCACGCUCGAGUACAAGAUCGACGCGCCGGUCGACGUGGUGGUGACGGAAUGGGGGAACAGGCAGUACCUCAAGGUGUUUAACUUUUUGUGGAGGAUCAAGCGGGUCGAGUUUGCGCUGCUCAGCACGUGGCGGAAGUGCAUGACGGGCUCCCGCGGCGUGCUGCAAAACUCGGACGCCGUCGUGGAGCAGACGUGGAAGACGACGCGGGGGUUCCUGGCCGAGAUGAUUCACUUUGUGGGCCAGCUGCAGUACUACAUACUCUUCGAGGUGGUGGAGUCGUCGUGGGACGAGCUGCAGAAGCGCAUCCAAAAGGAGGACUGCACGCUGGACGACCUGAUCCGGGCGCACGAGCGAUACCUCGACGACAUCACGCACAAGGGCCUGCUGGGCGCCAAGCGCCGACACGACGGCUCGGAAGACGACGAGCGCGCGUCGGCGUCGGCGUCGGCGUCGUACCUGGCCCAGCUGAGCGACAUGCUGCGCUUCAUGCUCAACUACCGCGACUGCGUGGACGGCCUGUACAGCUGGAGCGUGUCGGACUUUACGCGCCGGCAGGAAGCCGACGUGCGGACGUCGACCAAGCACGAUCUGGACGAGCACCCGCUCGGCGGCGGCGGCGGCGGCGGCGGCGUGUCAUCCGAGUUUCCCGUUUUGCGGGACCGGCUCCAGCAGCUGGGCACGUCGUUCAGGGGGCGGGUGCAGAUCCUGCUGGGCGACCUGGCGUACCAGCCCGACGUGAACCUGCGAUUCUUGGGAGUGGCCAUGAACUUUAACGACGUGUAUCAGCCGGCGAGGCGCAAGACACGGCCGGCGACCACGACCAAGGGGUAG